ACACAAAACCCCAGGUCACAGCUCCGGGCUGCGGGCUGCGGGCGGCCGGCGCGGAGGCUCGGCGCCCAGCCGGGACCCCCGCCGCCCCGCGCGAUGAGCCAGGUGCUGGGGAAGCCGCAGCCGCAGGACGAGGGCGACGCGGACGACGACGAGGAGGACGAGCUGGUGGGCUUAGCGGACUACGGGGACGGGCCCGACUCCUCGGACGCCGAGCCGGACAGCGGGGCGGAGGAGGGAGUGCUGGACUUCAGCGACCCCUUCAGCAGUGAGGUGAAGCCCAGAAUUCUGCUCAUGGGCCUGCGGAGGAGCGGCAAGUCAUCCAUCCAGAAGGUGGUCUUUCAUAAGAUGUCCCCCAAUGAGACGCUGUUCCUGGAGAGCACGAACAAGAUCUGCCGGGAGGACGUUUCCAACAGCUCCUUCGUCAAUUUUCAGAUCUGGGACUUCCCGGGACAGAUUGACUUUUUUGACCCUACCUUCGACUACGAGAUGAUCUUCAGGGGCACAGGAGCGCUGAUCUUUGUCAUUGACUCUCAGGAUGACUACAUGGAAGCAUUGGCCCGGCUCCACCUCACAGUGACCAGGGCCUACAAGGUCAACGCUGACAUCAACUUCGAGGUGUUCAUUCAUAAAGUGGAUGGACUGUCAGAUGACCACAAAAUUGAAACCCAAAGAGAUAUUCACCAGAGGGCAAAUGAUGACCUUGCAGAUGCUGGAUUAGAAAAAAUCCACCUCAGCUUUUAUCUGACAAGCAUAUAUGAUCACUCAAUAUUUGAAGCUUUUAGCAAAGUGGUUCAGAAACUGAUUCCACAGCUCCCAACACUGGAGAAUUUGCUCAACAUCUUUAUCUCGAAUUCUGGAAUUGAAAAGGCCUUUCUGUUUGACGUGGUCAGUAAAAUAUAUAUAGCCACAGAUAGCACUCCGGUGGACAUGCAGACCUACGAGCUGUGCUGUGACAUGAUAGACGUAGUCAUUGACAUCUCCUGUAUUUAUGGUCUCAAAGAAGAUGGAGCCGGAACCCCCUAUGACAAGGAGUCAACAGCCAUUAUAAAGCUGAACAAUACAACAGUUCUUUAUUUAAAGGAGGUCACCAAGUUCCUGGCUCUCGUUUGCUUUGUCAGAGAGGAAAGCUUUGAAAGAAAAGGGCUUAUCGACUAUAAUUUUCAUUGCUUCCGGAAGGCCAUCCAUGAAGUUUUUGAGGUGAGGAUGAAAGUAGUAAAAUCUCGGAAAGUUCAGAAUCGGCUACAGAAAAAAAAAGGAGCUACCCCUAAUGGGACACCUCGUGUGCUAUUGUAGAAGUUUUGGAAAUAUCUUUUGAAAUCAGAUCUUUUAGCCAAGGCUGCUACACUAUGUCACUAAGUGGAAGGAGGAGACUGGGACAUUUGACAUGACUUUGUUAUUAAAAAAUAAUUACUCCAGUUCUCUCAAUCUUCUGGUUUUUUUGUUUUUGUUUCUGUUUUUUUAAAUAAAGCACUUUGAAGCAAAAACUUGUAUAGUAACUAUAAAGUGACACCCACUGUAUCUUCCUGCUACAAAUGUAAACUUGUUUGAAGAGUGUGCACACUGCCAGGAACUGUACAUAUUUUGCACUUUUUUCAUGGUUUUUCCUCAUUGAACUGAACUUUGAUAAGAUGACUUUUGUAAGCUCUUUUCUGUACUUGGUGUGUAGGACACGGAUACUGUAGUCUGUCCGUAUAGUAGUCAGAAAUCAAUCAAGAAUGCAUUGCUAAUGGCUUUUUUUUUUUUUUUGUAAAUCGGAGUAUCUUUGCUACUAAUUAUUGAGCAAAUCAUUUUUUUUCAGUGGAUCUGGAGCAGAUGGGAGCUAGACGUUCCUAAAGCAAUAAGAGCCAUCCCCCAUUUCUAACAGGUAUCAAGACUUUUAUAGACAAAUAUUAGCCCCCAACUUACCUAGAACUGUCUAUCCCCAUGGCCUCAUUUCCCUCUCCAACAGUGUAUAUGAUGCUUUUUGCCUUGACACACAUCCCGCCACUUACUUUAUGCAAGAGGUGAUUUCUCUUUGCUAAAUUGUUAUUCUUUAGAACCUUUGGGACCAGAUUUCCAAAAUGGUGCCUAUCACUGGAGAGAGAUCCAGAUGUUGCUGAGGCAGGGAUUCUGAGGUUCUCCUGUAACUACCACUUAGGGCUAAAAUACAAAGGCCAAAUGGUUUCUCAAAUGGAGCUGUUGGCCAUUUCAGACUACAGUUCUGUAACUCUGGGCUCCUUUCAAUGGCCUAUGUUGUGCUACAUUUACAAUCUUUAGGACCAGUCUUUCACUGUUUCAUGACCAUAGUGACUGGAGGGUCCCAUACAUGUCCUCCCCUCACGCCCAUGGAGGGGCUCCUACUGGUUCCAUCCUCCACCUGAGUCACCUUUUCAUCCCUGCUACUGUGCCUGGAGUCCUAUGCCUGGUCCCCCCUCGAGACUGACUUCAGUUUGCUCCCAGCAUGCUGUGCAAGGCUGAGGAGCCAUCCAAAAGCCUCCUAACCACCAGUGGGUGGCUGGAAGAAGCAGUAUCUUUGUUAUGUAUUUGUUUCUAGAAAGUUCUUUGACUUGGGCCUGGGAAUGUGGCUCUGCAUGCAUGGAGCCCUGGGUUCGAUUCCUCAAUACCACAUAAACAGA